AUGUCUUUUAUGCAAACUGGGCCGACGUCCAUGUUGAAGGACGGGGCCACUUUUCUUGAUGACCCUGUCAUUAAGAACAUUGAGGCUUGUCGUGAAAUUGCGAAAAUCACGCGCAGCUCCAUGGGCCCUUACGGGUUGUGUAAAAUGGUGGUCAACCAUCUCAACAAACUUUUUGUGACUCACGACGCCGCAACCAUUCUUCGUGAAAUUGAGGUUGAACACCCGGCAGCUAAGUUGCUGGUGCAGGCUUCCGAAGCCAUGCAGCAAGAGGUGGGGGAUGGCACGAACCUGGUCGUUGCUCUGGCUGGAGAACUACUGUCGCAGGCAGAAUCACUUGUGCGCAUGGGUCUUCAUCCAAGUGAAAUUGUGGAAGGGUACAAAAAGGCAGGGAACAGAAGUCUGGAAACACUCCAAACCUUGGUGAUUCAAAAGGUGGAUGAUGUGCUGCUCAAGGAACAGGUGCUUGCUCCCAUUCGCACAGCUAUCGCUUCAAAACAAUACGGCUAUGAAAAUUUUUUGGCAGACAUUGUUGUUGAAGCGUGCAUUAACGCAUGUCCUUCUAAUGUUCGGUCUUUCAAUGUUGAAAACGUGCGAGUGGCAAAGCUAGAUGGGGAUUCGGUGCUGGCAUCCAAGAACGUCCGUGGAUUUGUGAUUGCACGCAGUCCUGAAGGUAGUGUACGUCAUCAGAAAAGAGCCAGGAUUGCUGUGUAUGGCUGCGCAGUUGAUGUCCCGUCAACAGAAACCAAGGGAACUGCAUUGAUUGAAUCCGCUGAAGGGCUUAUUUCUUUUUCCAGAAAGGAGGAAGAGGUGAUGGAGGAAAUCAUCACAAACAUUCAUAAGACGGGUGUGAAUGUUGUCGUUUCCAACUCCACCUUCGGCGACCUUGCAUUACACUUUCUUAAUCGCUAUGGUAUCAUGGCGGUUAAAGUUUCCUCUAAAUUUGAGCUUCGACGCCUUUGCACCGCUGUGGGGGCUCGAGUUCUUGCCCGACUGGACACACCGACUGUGGAAGACAUUGGUUCAUGUGACAAUGUGGAUGUGAGUGACGUGGGUGGGAAAAACAUUACUUCUUUUGUACAAGACAGGGAUGACUCAAAAUUGUCUACCAUCGUUGUACGCGGAGCCACGAAGAAUGUUCUGGAUGAUGUUGAGCGUGCAAUUGAUGAUGGUGUAAACGUCUUCAAGGCUCUUACAAAGGACAAGAGGCUUGUAGCUGGAGCAGGCGCUGUGGAAAUGGAGCUGCAGAAGGACCUUACACGCUAUGCCGAGGCAAGUCCUGGUCUUGACCAGUACGCCGUUCGCAAAUAUGCGUCCAGCUUUGAAGUGGUCCCCCGUACCCUGGCCGAGGUUAGUGGCUUCAAUGGAACAGAUGUCGUUACACAGCUGGAGGUUGACCACAAUGCCGACAAGAUACAUCAGGGUGUUUGCGUGGAGGAUGGUACCACAAUUAAUGCCGUGGAGUUGGGUAUUGUGGAGCCUUACCUCACAAAGUACUGGGCGAUUAGCCUGGCCACCGAGGCGGUUUUAACGAUUCUUCAAGUAAAUCAGAUCAUUGUCGCUAAGCAGGCUGGUGGCCCCAAGAACCGUCCGGACCAAGCCAGAGAUGAGGAGUGA